AUGACACAUACACGGAUAAUAGACAGGCAUAGGACGUUGAUGAUGGUCUGUGAUUGUCAGGAGAGGUUCCGUGAAGGUACUCAUGGGUUCAAUCUGAUGGCCCAGAGCAUAACAAAGCUAAUCAAAGCGUCACGAAUGGCGACAUUGCUGACAGAGCAGAAUGGAAGUGGACCUACAGCAGAGGAAAUCCGAUCGGAGUUGACGGGACCGCAACAUCUGGGCACUUUCGGUAAAGACUGUUUCUCGAUGAUCACGGAUGAAGUCAGACCUCUAUUGAAGAAUUACGAUAAUAUCGUACUAGUUGGUAUCGAAGCCCACGUCUGUAUCCUACAGACCGCACUCGACUUACUGGAAAUCCCUCGUUUCCAUAAACGUGUAUACAUCCUCGCCGAUGCUAUAUCAGCUUGUCACGAGUUGGAGAUACCUCUAGCUUUGGAUAGAAUGAGAGAUACUGGUGCUGUAGUGACGACUAGCGAAGCUAUGUUGUUCCAGCUCAUGGGCGACGGAACAGACUCAAAUGACAAACCAAUAUCUGACUUGAUCAAAGCUGAAAGAAAGAACACUGCCAAAGCGUUGGAGACCUUGUUACCUCACCCGUCGGGCACAGCGACUAUCUCGAAUUAG